UAGAUUGAUCGGCUCGCAAAGGGGGACCCGAGCGAAUCUCGAAUGCUCCACGUGCUACGCCGCUGCCGCCCUUCAUCUCUUCUCUCCUGGCGUCCUGGCCCGACUGUUGGCAAUGCGAAGGCAGCAAAGCAGAACGCCGGUCGGUUUGGAAGCAAGAGCCUUGUCUCUGGAAGCUCCCUAUUUAGCUGUGUCCCUGAGUUGCUGAUCAGGCUGAAUCUCACAGCCUGACCUCCCAUAUGUGGUUCAGGGAGCACAAGCGUCUUACCCCCGCAAUUGGAGCUCCGCCACUAAACAACAACGCCCACGAACGGCCCCUGGGCCUUGCCACUCGCCAGGCUGAGCUCAGCAGUAAAAUAUAUUUAGGAAAAACGUCAUCGCGGCCUCGUUGAUGCUCAUAGCUUUAGCCACCGAUAUAUUAGUUGGACCUUGUUGGUUCUCCUGAGUCUGAGGGCAGGUGUACGACGCAUCGCUGACAGUUGUGGAUAUAAAGAUGGAGUUACUUGGUCGUGUUUGUCGUCAGAAGACAUGGGCCGCAUGGGUUAUAGCACCUUCCGAGGCACAUUACUGCACCCAAAAGACUGAGCACAAAUUUUUGCCUCCGACCUCGCCGGACGAGAACUCUCAACACGGCUUACUAAACACAAGUACGGAAGAUGAUAAUUCUUCAGACGAAGAUGGGGACAAUUUUGGACGGGAUCAAGACGAUGAGGGAAAUCAAGAGAAUGGGGAUAAAGAAGAGGAUCCAGACACAGAGGACACAGAUAGUAUCGGGGAUACAGACGAUGCCGAAGACGUCAUCGAUACCAACGUUGACGAAGGCGAAGGCUAA